GUCAUCAGUAAUCGACAGUCCCACAUGGUAGCUUGUUGAAGUUUGGACAGCACUUUCAGAGGGACAGCAUGGCCAGGCAGUGGUGUGAGGGCCACUCCGCAUCCAUCCUGUGUGUUGGGAGGGCUCCUGGUCCUGAGGGUCUCCUUGCUUCAGGCUCAGAGGGGGGAGAAGUCACUGUUUGGAGCCAAGAGGGAACCAUCAUAGGCCAUGUGAUCCUUCCUGGUGAAGACGACAGUACAAGUGUUGUAUUUUCACCUGUUGCUCCAGCUCAGCUCUAUGUGUCACAUGGAGACAGAGUGAGCGUACUGGACCCCAGAAACCUGAAAAGCACUGUGGAGUUUCAGGGUGCAGGGGAGGAGGAGAUCAAUGCAUUGGCACUGAAUGAGACUGGCUCCGCCCUGGCAGUGGCUGAUGACUCCGGAGCAGUUCGGGUUCUGGAGCUUCCUGGAGGAAAAGCGUGCAGGACUCUUCGCAGACACACUAACAUCUGCUCCUCUGUUGCUUUCCGACCUCACAGGCCAAACAACCUGGUGUCAGCAGGACUGGACAUGCAGGUGAUGCUUUGGGGUCUUCAGAAGACACGUCCCCUUUGGACCCUCAACCUCCAGGAUGCAGCAGAGGAAGAGGACAACCACCAGCAGCGUCCCGGUCAACUAUUCAAUCCACCCCUGAUCCACUGUGCCUCAGUGGCAACUUGUGGAAACAUUUUGGGAUGUGCAGCAGAGGAUGGGCGGGUCCACCUGAUGCGUAUUGGCAGCGGCUCUAAACUGGAGCAGCAGGGAGCAGUCAAAGCCCACAGUCAGGGAGCAUCGCAGGCCCACUUCAUUAGCUUCCUUUCUCACCCGUACUGGCUCAUCACUGGAGGGAAUGAUGGCCAAGUAGCCCUGUGGGACCUCAGUAAGCACCCGGUGGUGGCUCCAGAAGCAAUAAACAAAUCUCAGGUGACUGCAGCCAGACGCAAGAAGGGUAAAAGCAAAGCAAAAAACAAAGAACAGUCCCAGGAGAAGGUAAAAGCCCCACUGACGGAUCAAGAAGAGAAGGAGGAAGCUGAAGUGGAAGACGGAGCAACAGCCGGGGUAGAAGAAGUGACAGAGAAGUCUGGACCCAAACUGAGAAUCAGCCAUGGGGAUAAGGUGAACUGGCUGUGUCCCACUGAGCUGAAAGGACAGCCCAGUGUGGUGGUGGCAGAUCAGAGCUCCAGUCUGACUGUCUACUCUCUGACACAACUGUAGACUGUCUGCUUUAUACCGAGAUGCAGUUUUGAAGUGCAUUAAUGAGAUGUUUUUGGAUGCACUCCUGUGCAUGUUACUUUUACAAAAUGAGGGUGUCACUUUGUGGAAUUUCAGUGUAAACGAUACUUGACAUAAGAAUAGUUUUUAAGUUAAACAGGUUAUGAUUGUGAUGGGGUAGUUGUAUGGUCAUGGCAUUUAGAGGUCAUCCCAGACAACAUUUGAUUUGUCUGGCAAACUCUGUAAUCAUUUCAGAUAAUGGUUUGGAUUUGGUUUUCAUCCUUCAAGGAAAAAUGUAUUUUUCAAUGAAAAAUGCAUAAUUCCACUUAAUUUAUGACCAUUAUUGUUAUCGUGUACAACUGCACAUUUACAAAAGCAGAUAAAGCCGCAAAAAGCUUAAAAACAGAGUUGUAAAGAAGGUCCACUUAGAACAUUUCCAACCAUCAGAUCUAGGAAGUGUUAGUUAUAAUAAUCUCCAUAUUGAUUUGGUGUCCAAAAUGGCUUAGUUGCUUAUAAUAAAACUUACUACAGUAUAGAUAAGCCCUUAUGAAGAUGUUGCACUGUUUUUCUAGUUUUACAUUGAUAGAACUGGAAGAUGAAUCUGAAAACGGCUGCAAACACCCACUGAGCAACUGUUUGUACUGAUCAGAUCCUCAAUGUACUACACCUAAACUGUAACUGCUUAAGAAAAUUUAAGGCGCACACCUCCCAUCAGAAGUACCUCUACUUCUGACUUAUAGAAACGCUGUAACCACUUACAGUAAGAUGCUUUUCCUCCCUGGAAAUCUGAUAUGUGCAACCAGCUUUUUCAUUUUCUGGAGUAUCUAUUUUUGUUAUUCAUUAUAAGCCUUCAUGUUUGAUUUGUUUCAGUGGUUAUGUGUGCGUGAUACAAUAAAAAUUAUAUCUUU